GUAGGGAUCCAGCGGCAUUUAUUGCAAUGGGUGUUCUCUCUCACCAUCGUGAACUUACCAUGUUGCACGAUAAGCAUCGAAGCGGCGGAUGCUGGAUUGGCCGCGCAGAAGGCUUUGACUGACAAGCUCUCUCUCUCGCUAGUCUUGCAGCGUAGCAGUCUUUGUCUGGACUCUACACAGCCUGUCACGGUGGGUUGUAUUCUGAGCUUUCUUCACUCGUAAGGCGCGCGCUUGUUGUUUCGUUUUUUCGUGGAUGUGAACCAUCGCGCUUCGUUUGACCUCAAUUCGGGUUACUGUGAGAUAGUGCGGUGCGGAUGGUGCUGCGGUGGAUUUUGAGGAGCUGGGGAUGUCGUAGAGGAUCGAUUGCUGGCUUUUGACAACUCCGUUUUCCUAAGCUGCGGUGCGUGAUUGAUGUGGUUGUCGUCGUCGGAGUGGAGAGGUUGCAGCGGUGAGGCGGGUGUCCGCCCCUAGCGUUCUUCCUGUUGCUGAACUUUGGCGUUGACGUGACGUGCUGAACGCCAGCGACUCUUACUGAGUGACAUAGUCUCGCGGGCGCGUGGUGGAGAUCAUGCUUGCAUUUCUUUGUGGAUUUUGGCUGAACCUGGAUCUCGAAGUUCUACUAAACUGCAUGGAAGGGAACAACAGAAUAAGAGCAAGACUUGCAUUUACAGCAUAACGUCAAUGUCGAAGGAUGUUUCGUGUUCAUGCCUAUAUUUCGUCCUUUUUUUCUGGGUCACAUGUGGGGAAGAUGUGAAGGCAGUUGCGUGGUUUCCUGCAAGAUAAACAAAUGAAAAUAUUCAAAAUGAGGGGCGAGCUUUCAAGGUUUCGCCAAUAUUGGCUCGCUGUGUUCAUAAUAUGUUUAUUAGAUAUAACUCAUAGAGAGGCUGGGGUUCUCACUGUUGGAGCCACUUGCGUUCCGGACCUAGGAUGUCAAACCUUAGCAUACUACAGAGUGCAAGCUGGUGAUAACCUUCAGGUAUUGAAUGGCCGGUUCCAGAUAACUAAUGCUGAUGUGCAAGCUUACAACCCUAACGUUUCCGACAUCAACCUGAUUCUAGCUGGCACAACCCUUUACCUUCCCUUCCAUUGUGAUUGUAUGAACGGUAUACUGCUUCACCACUUUUCUUACGUGGUUGCCGAAGGCGAAACUCUACAAACUAUCGCAGACGUAAACUAUCAAAGGCUGACCACGACGAGCGAUAUUGCAGAUGUCUCCAAUCUUGCCGCAAACCAACAUAUUCAAGCGUUACAAACUAUCACUAUUCCUGUGAGAUGCUUUUGCGGUGAUCCGAGCGUGGACCCUAAGUAUGGUCUGUUUAGCACAUAUGUGGUGCAAGCCAACGACCACCUCGCAAGUCUCGCAACAAAGUUCAGUGUAGAUCCAGACGUUAUAUCAAACUUCAAUGCUGGUGUCAAAAAUCUUUCUGUGGGUUCAAUUAUCUUCAUUCCAACAAGGGAUGGAAACAAUACUUUUCCUCCUUUUGGCAACUCCAAGAGUAGUGACAAUGGUUUAAGCAGAUCAACCAUUUAUAUCAUUGUUGGAAGUAUUAUUGGAAUAAUUGUUUUUAUUGUUUUCUUGUUUGCAAUAAUUUUUGGAUGUAAAUAUUAUUGUAGAUGGGCUCUAACAAUGCAAUUUGAUAAUCAAGAAUCAGCUUUCUUAUCUUCUACAAAUACAUCAAGUAAUAUGCCUUCAAGAUCACCAUCAAUAAUGUUGACUGAUCUAAAAUCAGUUGAAUUUUCAUAUGAAGAAUUAUCUGAAGCUACCAACAAUUUCAAUUUAUCUCAAAAGAUUGGUCAAGGUGGUUUUGCCUCUGUUUACUACGGUGUUAUUCGCAAUCAGAAGUUGGCCAUUAAAAUGAUGAACAUACAAGCUACAAAGGUGUUUUUAGCUGAAUUGCAAGUCUUAAGUAAUGUACAUCAUUCUAAUUUGGUGCAAUUGGUUGGAUUUUGUACUACAAAGAAUUUGUUUCUUGUAUAUGAGUUUAUUAAUAAUGGAACUCUCGACCAUCAUCUUCAUCGUAAAAACUUUGAUGAUAAGCCUCCACUUUCAUGGACACAAAGGGUUCAAAUCUCUUUAGAUGCUGCUCGUGGAUUAGAAUACAUUCAUGAACACAUCAAUCCAACGUACAUACAUGGCGACAUCAAAUCAGCCAACAUCCUCUUAGAUAAUAAUUAUCAUGCUAAGGUAGCAGAUUUUGGUUUGGCAAAGCUAGCAGAAGAAGGAAUUGGUACUCGUGUCCUUGGCACAAUUGGUUACAUGCCACAAGAAUAUGCUUUGUAUGGUGAAGUUUCUCCAAAACUAGACGUAUAUGCUUUUGGAAUUGUUUUAUAUGAAAUAAUAUCCGGAAGAACAGCCAUUUCAAUUGCACAACCUUCAGAAAAUAGUCAAUCUUCUUCAAUUCAAAAUCGAGAAGGAAGGACACUCCAAUCUUUGUUUGAACCAAUUGUAAGUGAUCCAAAUGGCAUUACAUUACUCCCAAAAUACAUUGAUCCAGCUCUCAAUGACGAAUAUCCAAUAGAUGCUGUUUGGAAGAUGGCGCAAUUGGCAAAAUGGUGUACUCAAUUUGAGGCCAAUACAAGACCAACUAUGAGAUCUGUUGUUGUAAAAUUGAUGACAUUAACAUCAAGUACUCAAGAAUGGGAUGUUGGUCAUUUUAGAUGAGAUUUCUGUUAAACAUGUCUAUUAGUAAGUCAUAAUCAUUUAUCCAAAGCUUUUUUUGAAAAAUAAAAAUGUGCUUAUUCUUA